AGAAAUCAUGUGACUGAUGACUAAAUCUUGUUCUACUUACUGAAAAGGAGGAGUCUGAUGAUUAGUUAAUGAUCUUCCUUGCAUUUUUAAAGUUUUGGAGAUACUGUCAAUCAUGUUUCCAUUUAUGCUUUUUUCUACUCUGUUUUCUUCCACAUUUACUGAACCUGGGAAACAAUAUUGGGUCUGCAACUCCUCCGAUGCAAGCAUUUCAUAUACCUACUGUGAUCACAUGGAAUACCCUAUUUCAAUUAAUGUUGACCCCUGUAUAAGAUUGACAGGAACCAAAGGAUAUUUGCAUAUUUUCUAUAUUCCAAGGAGAGACAUCCAAAAAUUAUAUUUCAAUCUCUAUAUAUCUGUCAACUCCAUGAAGCUCCCAAAGCGCAAAGAAGUUAUUUGCCGAGGAUCUGAUGAUAGUUAUUCUUUUUGCAGAGCUCUGAAGGGAGAGACAGUGAAUGCAACAAUAUCAUUCUCCUUCAAAGGAAUCCGAUUUUCUAAGGGACGAUACAGAUGUAUUGCUGAAGCCAUUGCUGGGAGUAAUGAAGAAAUGCUCUUUUGCUUGAAUUUUACCAUCAUACACCACCCUAAUUUAAUUUAGAAUAAAUUGAG